AUGCCUCGCCUGUCUGUUUGCUCUCUGGUUUAUGACUCGAAAAGCUUGCCGUCAGAAAGGCGCCCCCAACAUGCGCUUUUCCAGCAGGUCUGUCUUUCCCUCGGGACGCAGUGACAUGAGAGCAGGACCUCGGUUCUGAUUUAAGAAGGGGGAUGAACAGCACUCCGCCUGGAUUACGGUUGCUCAGGCCUCCAACAGUGAUAGGCCAGUUCCACACACUGUUUUUUGGCUCUGUGCGUACAUUUUUCCUUGGAGUCCUUGGAUUCGCUGUCUAUGGCAAUGAGGCCCUCCACUUCAGCUGUGAUCCAGACAAAAGGGAAAUAAACCUUUACUGUUACAACCAGUUCAGGCCUAUAACACCUCAGGUAUUCUGGGCAUUGCAGCUAGUCACUGUCUUGGUGCCUGGAGCUGUGUUUCAUCUUUAUGCUGCCUGUAAAAAUAUAGACCAGGAUGAGAUCCUUCAGCGGCCAGUGUCCACAAUCUUUUACAUCAUCUCUGUCCUGUUGAGAAUAAUCCUGGAAGUUUUAGCAUUCUGGCUUCAGAGCCACCUUUUUGGGUUCCUGGUUGAUCCUCUUUAUAUGUGCGAUGUCAGUGCCCUUGCAAAGAUCUUCAGCAUCUCAAAGUGUAUGGUCCCUGAACACUUUGAGAAGACUAUCUUCCUCAGUGCGAUGUACACCUUUACCGUCAUCACCAUACUCCUCUGUAUCGCUGAGAUUUUUGAGAUUCUGUUCCGAAGACUUGGUUAUUUAAACCAGCCAGUGACUUGAGAAUUUAGAAAGUGUUUUGAGUGAUACUUAAACAUUGUUUGUUUUCUGUUUUCUGUGGGUCUCUGAAUGACAGACAGGACAUAAACCCACAUACCUCUGCAUUUUCUGGUGGUAGACACAGAAAUACAUGCUUUUUAAAACAAGACAGCCUAUUAUUCCUUUUUUGGAAUAAUCAAAAGAAAACAUGUCUAAUUUAUGGCAAGGGACUCAUUAAUCUUUUUAGCUUUUCAGAUUUUUUAAGCCUAAAAAAGCACCUAUCUAGCAGGAGAAACUCUUUUUUUCUUUUCUUUUUGACUUGUAUGAGCUAUUUGGCUUUAAAUAUUAUCUCUGCAAUAUUAUUUUCAGAUUUAGAUUUAUACUUAUAUUGCAGUAUUACACAACAUGCACGUACUAUUUUGCCAAAUAUUAUUUGAUUUCAAUUUCAACUAAGAUUGAUUCUUCUUAAGGAAGAAUAAUUACAUGCAACAGUGCAUCAGUAUCUAAAAACAUUAUUGAAAGGUCCAUGGUCUCUACUUACAAUCAUGCACAUUGAUAGUUCAUUCAUCAGCUGUUGAUUUCCAUCUAGUUUAUGUCAAUUUGACAAUUAUCUUGUGUGGUUUUAGUAUCUGUAUCUGUACAUUUUUAUCAGACAUCCAUCCAACUUUUGUUAUUAUUCUCAGCUAAGUGUUUCAUCUCAGGUACAAAAUGGCAUACUGUGAUCUAUUAUUUUGUGUCAGCGGGUAACUAUGUAUUAUAAGGAUACGAUUUAUGCAUAAAUGAAACAUCCGAGGAGAUCUGACAGCUUGUCUGGCCUGCACAUCUUCCCACAGUGGCCUUCCCACUGUUUCAACACCACAGCUAUUUGAGUAAUAGCUUUUGUACCAUGUGUAUAGAACUGAUCAUUUAUACUGGUUU